AUGAAGAUCUCAACAGUGAUGAAGUGUGUCCAAGGAAGCCCAUGCUCUCUUCAUUUAAACGUUAAAGGAACUCUGAGUCUUCAUGAGAAUAUCCGUGGACUUGAAAUAUGUUCUCUUUCACUGGACACACAGCAAUCCCAGUGUACGCAUGUGAGAUUUGCUAGGAAAAAAACCAAGAUGCUUAAUGGAAAGAAGGUACAGGUACAAUUCAAUUGCAUUGAAGUUGAUGUAGCACAACACAUCUAUGUGACCAUGAAAACAGUACCAAAUUACUGUGAAGUCAAGCUGAGUCAGGAAUACUAUGUUGAAGAUUGCAGAAACAGUGAUGUGGCAAAAUAUGUUCCAGCUUGUUUGGCCAGAAGGUUUGAUUAUAAUGUAGACAGAGCAAGGAAAAUUAUAUCAGUGAACGUAUCCAACUUUCUUCGAGAUCAAGAUUAUUACGUUCGCCUGUGCCACAAAUGGUUUACCUGUGAAGAUAUAGGGGCAUUUGCUGUGAUAAAAGGGAAGGAAUCUUUAAAAUCAGUUUCUCUGAAAUAUUCUCAGCUACUCCCUUGUCUUUGCAUUGAGGGUUGGUUGGCAAUUCCAGAUGCAAGGAGGAUACAACUUUGCCCCUUUCAAAAUGAUACGAAGGCACUAUGGGAUAAUAUUGUUUAUAACCCAGUGACACAAACCCUAGCUUGGGAGCCAGCCUGUCCUGUGCUUGUCGUGGUUAACCUGUGCAGGUUGAUGAAGUCUAACGACCACUGUGAAGAUAUACAAAACUCUUCCAAAAAUUCUCCUGAGAAAGUUAAAUAUUCUCGUGUGGACACUCACCCAAGACUUUGCAUGAAGUUUACAACCAAGGCAGGCUCUUGGGUUAAAUGUCCAUUUGCUCAUGGGGAAUUUCCAGCUUGGAAAAUGAGAACUGUUGCAGUUGCAGAACAAAUACAAGUUUUCUUCACAUCACAAACCAAGGCACAAUUCUCAGUGCUUGUGUGUAACAGGACGCAGCUGGCCUCAUGUGAAUCUGUUGGGAUGCACCAUUCAGUCUCUGUGGGAGAUUCUGUAUCAAUCACUGUGUCUCGGGAAAUGUGUGGGUCAACAAUUUGCAUUCAGGGCUGGAGGACAGAUGUAGAUUAUUCAGUUCCACUGCAGAUCUGUGAUAUCCACUGUGGUUUUCAUGGUCAGACAUAUGGUGAUGGAAACGCAGCAAAGGCCUUGACACACAGAAUGAAGAGUGUGCAUUCCUUGCAUUGAAUUUAACAACGCAUUUUCAAGGUCCUUAGUAUCUUCUCAACAUCAAGUUGUAUUUUGGUGUAACUUGCAAAUCUUGUGUAACUUGUCAUCUCUCAUGUAAGUAGUUUCUGCUAAUUACUGUGAGAUUAUUCUCAUGAGUGAAGAAUUUAGCAAGUUAAGCCUAUUCCAACAUGUCCAAAGGAAGCUGGAUUAUGAUCCCUCAUUUCUCAGUAUUUCAAACAAAAAAUGUCUUAGAUCA